UUGAAAGAUUUGAACUAUUAUGUCUACAAUUAAAUCACAGCUACGUUGAUCAGAUAAAGCAAAUGGCAAAUAAACUAGGAAACAUAAGAAACGUGGAACUUUUAUUAAAUGAACCAAACAUCAUCAGGGUACUACUGGAAUUACAGGGAAUAUUUCCAGGAGUAAGAUCUUUAGCUUUCAAUAUUUCUACUGAAAGCCAAUUUCCUUUGCAUUCAAUCCUACCAUUAUUUUGUCCUGAAAAAAUCAAAGAAAUUCAAAUACGCACUAAUAGUUGUUACUUACAUGAAUACUUCAUAAAUUUGAUAAAAUUAUUCCCAAAUAUAGAGACGCUUAUCGUGAAUUGCAUGACAAGAUUCCUUUCAAAUGAAUCUUUGCAACUGUUGUCUAAUACUCGCCUUCAGAAGUUUAGUCUAUCUGUUGACUAUGCAAUACCGCGGGUUCACUACUAUAUUGGUUUAGCCAAGGACUUGCUUAAGAAUUGUGGUUCGACUCUUCAACUUGUCAAGUUUAGCACGUGUCCAUCAACAUUUUUAGUAAUCGACUUGUUUUAUGGCCCAAAGGUAAAUGACUAUAAAGAAGUCAAGCAACACAUUAGAAGCUUAGUAGACUGGGUAAAAGAAAGAUUACAUGAAUAUCCAAGACUACAAUAUUUCACAUUUUACAAUUAUCUGUUCUUUAUAGACAGACAAGUAGAGCCAUGUCAAUGGAUUGAAAUCAGUGGAUGGGAGUUGUGAAAUCCAUGCAAAAUUCUUCAGUAUAGUAUCAAAGCUUUUUAACUUAGAAUGAAAAA